AGUUAGUCAACAAGCAACAGAACUUAGUCUUCUACGUCUAUUCGGUUAAGCUGUUUAGGUUUUGGACAAGAUUUCGAGAGCUGUGGAUAUGAAACUUCUCUAUCUUAUGGUUCUGCUGAUCUUUGGAGCCAUUCCUGAUGAUGGCUGUAAUAAAGCAGUAUAUCAGAUGGGUGAAGGAAAUAUCACAUGUAAUGUCAGGAAUUGUGAAUCAGCUGAAAUGAUUGCAUUUAUACCCAACAUGGAUGUAAAAAGACGGAAAAAUCUACAACAGAUGUGCGAGGAAAAAUACAUCAGGGCAGAGAAAUACUACAUCGAUCUGCUCAUCAAUGUAACGUUUGAAGGGCCAAAUGCAACCUAUGAGUACGAGAACUUUAUUAUGACUGUAGUGAAUAUGAUGAACCCCAUAGAUGACAGCCAUGUAAAGAUCUCUGCUCCAAAGCUGUCUGAAGAUGAUCCACCAAUUAACGUAUUCAUCCUCACUAAACCUUUUCUAAAUGUCACAGUGAACCAGAGCAAAGUUGCUAUAGUGACAUAUCCCCGUGCUCAACAGUUUACAAAUGACUCAAACAUUCUGCUGAGGUCCAAAGUCAUCCGCAUCAAAUCUGUCGGAUGCGAGAUAAAGGACUUGUCCGAUCAAAUUGUUAUCAAUUUUCCAUUGAACAGCAGUAAAGAAAUAGAUGGAAGCUACAACCUGUCAUGCCGGUUCUAUGAUGAAACAACAAACCGUUGGAGUGACAUGGGGUCUUUCACCAACCUGGAGAACAACACUGUAAACUGCUCAUAUAAUCACAUGUCCCUCUUUGCUGUAUUUCUGGUGCCCAUGAAGCAGCAGCAGGAAAACCUGCCCUGUAGUGAUGACACAGAUGAGAACUAUAUUUUCUUCAACAGCACAGAAUUGACAUUUCAAAAGAACCAUUCUACAUCACUCUGUACCUGGGGAGAGGAUCGGUGUUAUGUAGAGUGUAGUUCUGUCAAUCUCACCACAGACAUAACUGGUGUGAUAAACAUAACAAAUCUGGCACUAAAUUCUACAAUCACAGGUCACCGCAAAACUCAGCUGGUCUUUUGUAAGGGUGAGAAAAUCAUCACAUGUAACAUCACAAAGUGUAACUCCUAUGAAAUGAAUACAUCUAUAAACACAAUGGACUUCACAAGACUAAUUAAAGCACAGGAUAUGUGUAAUAAAUCAUUUUCUGCAGAUAUAUACCUCGAGAAAGAGAAGGAAUUCAUCGAUCAGCAGAUCAACUCAACGUUUAAUGAGUCGAACAUAACCAAAAACUACACGAAUUUUAAAAUGACUGUUUUUAAUAUAAGCAUGUUGAACCCAGUUGAUGGGAGUGUAAAGAUCUCUGCUCCAAAGUGGUCUGAUCAGGAUCAACCCAUAGACGUAUUCUUCCCUACUGAAUCAUCUACAAAUGAUUCCCUUGUCGCUGUAGUGAGAUACGGAACUGCUGAAAAGUUUAACAAUAACUCAAACACGGUGUUGAUGUCCCAAAUUGUUCGUGUCGAAACCAUAGGAUCUGGGCGCAAGGACUUGACCAAACUGCUUUUUAUCAAGUUUCCAGUGAAUAGUACCAAAAUAAACCUCGUAAACUCUAAGCUGUCAUGUAUGUUCUAUGAUGAAAAAGAGCACAAGUGGAGUGACACUGGGUCUUUCACCAACCUGGAGAAUUCUAACAGCAGCAACACUGUAAACUGCUCAUAUAAUCACAUGACCCCAUUUGCUGUAUUUCUGGUGCCCAUGAAGCAGCAGCAUGAAAACCUGCCCUGUAGUGAUGACACAGAUGAGAACUUUAUUUUCUUCAACAGCACAGAAUUGACAUUUCAAAAGAACCAUUCUACAUCACUCUGUACCUGGGGAAAGGAUCGGUGUUAUGUAGAGUGUAGUUCUGUCAAUCUCACCACAGACAUAACUGGUGUGAUAAACAUAACAAAUCUGGCACUAAAUUCUACAAUCACAGGUCAACACGAAACUCAGCUGGUCUUUUGGAAGGGUGAGAAAAUCAUCACAUUUAACAUCACAAAGUGUAACUCCUAUGAAAUGAAUACAUCUAUAAACACAAUGGACUUCACAAGACUAAUUAAAGCACAGGAUAUGUGUAAUAAAUCAUUUUCUGCAGAAAUAUACUUCGAGAAAGAGAAGGAAUUCAUCGAUCAGCAGAUCAACUCAACGUUUAAUGAGUCAAGCAUAACCAUAAACGUCACGAUUUUUAAAAUGACUGUUUUUAAUAUAAGCAUGUUGAAUCCAGUUGAUGGGAGUGUAAAGAUCUCUGCUCCAAAGUGGUCUGAUCAGGAUCAACCCAUAGACGUAUUCUUCCCUACUGAAUCAUCUACAAAUUAUUCCCUUGUCGCUGUAGUGAGAUACGGAACUGCUGAAAAGUUUAACAAUAACUCAAACACGGUGUUGAUGUCCCAAAUUGUUCGUGUCGAAACCAUAGGAUCUGGGCGCAAGGACUUGACCAAACUGCUUUUUAUCAAGUUUCCAGUGAAUAGUACCAAAAUAAACCUCGUAAACUCUAAGCUGUCAUGUAUGUUCUAUGAUGAAAAAGAGCACAAGUGGAGUGACACUGGGUCUUUCACCAACCUGGAGAAUUCUAACAGCAGCAACACUGUAAACUGCUCAUAUAAUCACAUGACCCCAUUUGCUGUAUUUCUGGUGCCCAUGAAGCUGCAGCAGGAAAACCUGCCCUGUAGUGAUGACACAGAUGAGAACUAUAUUUUCUUCAACAGCACAGAAUUGACAUUUCAAAAGAACCAUUCUACAUCACUCUGUACCUGGGGAGAGGAUCGGUGUUAUGUAGAGUGUAGUUCUGUCAAUCUCACCACAAACAUAACUGGUGUGAUAAACAUAACAAAUCUGACACUAAAUUCUACAAUCACAGGACAACGCAAAACUCAGCUGGUCUUUUGUAAGGGUGAGAAAAUCAUCACAUGUAACAUCACAAAGUGUAACUCCUAUGAAAUGAAUACAUCUAUAAACACAAUGGACUUCACAAGACUAAUUAAAGCACAGGAUAUGUGUAAUAAAUCAUUUUCUGCAGAAAUAUACUUCGAGAAAGAGAAGGAAUUCAUCGAUCAGCAGAUCAACUCAACGUUUAAUGAGUCGAACAUAACCAAAAACUACACGAAUUUUAAAAUGACUGUUUUUAAUAUAAGCAUGUUGAACCCAGUUGAUGGGAGUGUAAAGAUCUCUGCUCCAAAGUGGUCUGAUCAGGAUCAACCCAUAGACGUAUUCUUCCCUACUGAAUCUACAAAUUAUUCCCGUGUCGCUGUAGUGAGAUACGGAACUGCUGAAAAGUUUAACAAUAACUCAAACAUGGUGUUGAUGUCCCAAAUUGUUCGUGUCGAAACCAUAGGAUCUGGGCGCAAGCUCUUGACCAAACUGCUUUUUAUCAAGUUUCCAGUGAACAGUACAAAAAUAAACCUCGUAAACUCUACGCUGUCAUGUAUGUUCUAUGAUGAAAAAGAGCACAAGUGGAGUGACACUGGGUCUUUCACCAACCUGGAGAAUUCUAACAGCAGCAACACUGUAAACUGCUCAUAUAAUCACAUGACCCCAUUUGCUGUAUUUCUGGUGCCCAUGAAGCUGCAGCAGGAAAACCUGCCCUGUAGUGAUGACACAGAUGAGAACUGUAUUUUCUUCAACAGCACAGAAUUGACAUUUCAAAAGAACCAUUCUACAUCACUCUGUACCUGGGGAGAGGAUCGGUGUUAUGUAGAGUGUAGUUCUGUCAAUCUCACCACAGACAUAACUGGUGUGAUAAACAUAACAAAUCUGACACUAAAUUCUACAAUCACAGGUCAACACGAAACUCAGCUGGUCUUUUGGAAGGGUGAGAAAAUCAUCACAUUUAACAUCACAAAGUGUAACUCCUAUGAAAUGAAUACAUCUAUAAACACAAUGGACUUCACAAGACUAAUUAAAGCACAGGAUAUGUGUAAUAAAUCAUUUUCUGCAGAUAUAUACUUUGAGAAAGAGAAGGAAUUCAUCGAUCAGCAGAUCAACUCAACGUUUAAUGAGUCAAGCAUAACCAUAAACGUCACGAUUUUUAAAAUGACUGUUUUUAAUAUAAGCAUGUUGAACCCAGUUGAUGGGAGUGUAAAGAUCUCUGCUCCAAAGUGGUCUGAUCAGGAUCAAGCCAUAGAUGUUUUCUUCCCUACUGAAUCAUCUACAAAUAAUUCCCUUGUCACUGUAGUGAGAUACGGAACUGCUGAAAAGUUUAACAAUAACUCAAACACGGUGUUGAUGUCCCAAAUUGUUCGUGUCGAAACCAUAGGAUCUGGGCGCAAGGACUUGACCAAACUGCUUUUCAUCAAGUUUCCAGUGAAUAGUACCAAAAUAAACCUCGUAAACUCUAAGCUGUCAUGCAUGUUCUAUGAUGAAAAAGAGCACAAGUGGAGUGACACUGGGUCUUUCACCAACCUGGAGAAUUCUAACAGCAGCAACACUGUAAACUGCUCAUAUAAUCACAUGACCCCAUUUGCUGUAUUUCUGGUGCCCAUGAAGCUGCAGCAUGAAAACCUGCCCUGUAGUGAUGACACAGAUGAGAACUAUAUUUUCUUCAACAGCACAGAAUUGACAUUUCAAAAGAACCAUUCUACAUCACUCUGUACCUGGGGAGAGGAUCGGUGUUAUGUAGAGUGUAGUUCUGUCAAUCUCACCACAGACAUAACUGGUGUGAUAAACAUAACAAAUCUGACACUAAAUUCUACAAUCACAGGUCAACGCAAAACUCAGCUGGUCUUUUGUAAGGGUGAGAAAAUCAUCACAUGUAACAUCACAAAGUGUAACUCCUAUGAAAUGAAUACAUCUAUAAACACAAUGGACUUCACAAGACUAAUUAAUGCACAGGAUAUGUGUAAUAAAUCAUUUUCUGCAGAUAUAUACUUCAAGAAAGAGAAGGAAUUCAUCGAUCAGCAGAUCAACUCAACGUUUAAUGAGUCGAACAUAACCAAAAACUACACGAAUUUUAAAAUGACUGUUUUUAAUAUAAGCAUGUUGAACCCAGUUGAUGGGAGUGUAAAGAUCUCUGCUCCAAAGUGGUCUGAUCAGGAUCAACCCAUAGAAGUAUUCUUCCCUACUGAAUCAUCUACAAAUUAUUCCCUUGUCGCUGUAGUGAGAUACGGAACUGCUGAAAAGUUUAACAAUAACUCAAACACGGUGUUGAUGUCCCAAAUUGUUCGUGUCGAAACCAUAGGAUCUGGGCGCAAGGACUUGACCAAACUGCUUUUUAUCAAGUUUCCAGUGAACAGUACCAAAAUAAACCUCGAAAACUCUAAUCGGUCAUGUAUGUUCUAUGAUGAAAAAGAGCACAAGUGGAGUGACACUGGGUCUUUCACCAACCUGGAGAAUUUUAGCAGCAGCAACACUGUAAACUGCUCAUAUAAUCACAUGACCCCAUUUGCUGUAUUUAAUGUGGGGAAGCAGCAGCAAAACCUGUCCUGUAGAAAUUACUCAGAUAAUAGGACUAAGAACUUUUUUAUCUACAACAAUUCAGGAUUGGACAUUGAAGAGAACCUUACUAAAUUACUAUGUACCUGGGAUAAUAAUCAGUGUUAUGUAGAUUGCAGUUUUGUUAAUCUUUCCACAAACCUAAUGGAUCUGAAUAAUGUAACAUAUGAGGUUCAAAAUUAUACAAUCACACCUCAAAGGAUAAAACUUGUCUUCAAAAUAAGUGCUUUAGGUGAGAUCACGUGUAAUGUCACACAGUGUAAACCUGGUGAAAUAGGACCUUUGUUCAUGAACUUAUCCAGUUCUAACAACCUGAAAGACUUAAAGAAAAUAGCACAAGUAAAACAAAUGUGUGAACAAUUGUUGGCAUCUGACAGCAGCUUAAUAUAUGCAUACAUUAGAGCAGAGAAAAAGUACAUAGAGUUCCUCAUCAACUCCAAAUUUAAUGGAACAUCCAAAAAUUAUGACCUAAAGGAAUUAAACAUGACUGUAGUUAAGAUGGAUAUGAUAAACACCACAGAUCUCAAGCUUGUACAGAUCUCUGCUCCAAAGGUGCCUAAUAAUAAGUUUCCUGUGGAGAUUUUUGUCCCUACUGAACCUUUUCAAAAUGUCCCCACGGAGCAGUGCAAAAUUGGCAUAGUAACAUAUCCUUCUGCCAGCCAUUUUAUGAAUGGCGUCUCCCAAAACUUCACGAUCAAAGUCAUUCGCGUUGAAGUUAAUGGACGUGUGCUUAAGGAUUUGUCCAAUCGACUUGUUAUCAACUUUACACUGAACUAUAGUGAAAUAAUACCAGAAAACUAUACCCUGUCGUGUCAGUUCUAUGAUGAGAACGUGUACAAGUGGGCUGACACGGGGUCUUUUACAGACCUGGAGAAUUUUAACAGCAGCGGCACUGUAAGCUGUUCAUACGAUCACAUGACUCCAUUUGCUGUACUUCUGACUAAUCCAAAAUUGGAUAGUAAGCAGUGGAAAAUCAUGUCCUCUAUUAGUUACAUAGGCUGCAGUUUUUCAGCGUUUUUCUCGGCAGUCACCAUCUUCCUCUACACUUUCACGAAGAGCUCAAACAAAGACACUUCUAUCCACAUCCAUGUGUCUCUGAGUGCAGCCGUUUUCCUCCUCAACAUCAGCUUCUUGUUCACAGAAUGGGGAGCCACAUGGUCUCAGAAGAGUGCAUGCGUAUUCAUAGCAGUGAUAGUAGAGUACAGCCUCUUGUCCUGUUUCUCAUGGAUGGCCAUUGAAGCAUUACAUUUGUACUUCCUUCUAAUCAAAGUGUUCAACACCUACAUCAAGCAUUACAUGAUCAAGCUGUCACUCUUUGGAUGGGGAAUGCCUGCUCUUCUUGUUGGAGGAAGUCUGUGUGCUUAUGGAAAAGCAUCUUUUUAUGGCACCACACAAAUAACAUUAUCAGACACAAACGAAGCAAUGCAAUUCUGCUGGAUUACUGACAUCCGCUUUCUUUACGGCAUGAACAUCACCUACUUCUCCAUAAUGUUCCUGUUUAACAUGUCCAUUCUGGUGGCAGUGAUAUGUCAGAUCUGUAAGCUCCGUCGCAUGAAUGUCAGAGGCAGUAGGUUUUUAUCUCGUAAAGAUAUUUGCACUGUCCUGGGUCUGACCUUCCUGUUGGGAAUGACAUGGGGUUUGGCUUUCUUCGCAUCAGGAUACACAAACUACACCGUUCUUUACCUCUUCUGUAUCUUCAACACCCUGCAAGGGUUGUUUCUGUUCCUGUGGUUUUACGCAACAAUGAAGAAGAAGAGAAGACUGCUGGCACAAUCCUCAACUAUGUCUGACCCGUCCAGUGCUCCAAUCAAGACUAUGGAAAGCAGCUUUUCCCACUGAUCAGAUAUUACAUGUCAUUUAGUGGUGAUGUGACUAUACAUCAUACUGGUUAGCUUUCAAGACAAGAACCGAAACAAGACUACUCGUUUUGGGGAAGUGAUGACGAAACGUCAGUACACUCAUUCUUUUACUGUGAUAUCAUUCAGAACUUUUGGUCUAAUAUAUACUCUCAUUUUAGAUGAACAUCUUUUUUAUUGCACAGUCCUUUAAUUUACAAGCUGUUUGCUAUGAGAUAUGUUUUAUUAUUAUUAUUGUUGUUGGGAUAUAACCCACUUUCCUUUACUUGUCAAUGUUUGCAUUUUCUUUUAAUUGAAUUGAUUUGAUUUAUUCAUGUAUUCUUUUGAACCCGUGUUGUUACGUGUUACAUGUUACCACGAUAUUUUUUUACAAGGUGUUUGUACAAUAACAGUUAUGUUUCUUCAAAAUAAAUAAAUAAAUUAAAUAAAUAAAUAAAUAAAUAAAUAAUUUAAGAGAAGAGAAAGUAAUGAGUUAUUGAACCCAACCCCAUGACGAGUUUCAUAAUCAGUCGCAUGGUUCACUUUUUCCCAUCAAAAGCAACUGUUUCAUACUACCAACGUUAUGACGAAUGACGCACAUUGUUCUAGAUAACAUAUAGUGCCUGUUUAAUAUGUAUCAUGACACUGAUCUGAUGUGAUAUUAUGGGUUUAUAUAUAAAGUACCCUUAUUUCUAAACUAGCAAAACUUUGGUCUUUGUUGCGUAUGUGAUCUCAUUAUAUAUGCAUUUGUAAAUCAUUAAACAAAUCUUUUAUAGUAUGUUAAAGUAAUAGUGUGAUGUUAUGUAUUGAUACCAACCCUGUUUCAGAGCAUCCCCUGCUAAACAGACUGGGCAACGGUAUCACUUGUGGAUGUCGGUGGAUUGACAUUCAAUUCAUAAAACAGCAA